AUGCCAGUAGGCCUGUCUCCUUAUGUCUUAGUAUUUGGGAAAGCCUGCUACUUACCAUUAGAAUUGGAGCACAAGAUGUACUGGGUAGUGAAAAAGCUGAACAUAGAUCUGGAAGUCGCGGAGGAAAAUCAAAAGCUACAACUCAAGGAAUUAGACGAGUGGCGGUUCAAUGCAUAUGAAAAUACAAAUAUCUACAAAGAAAACACCAAGCGUUGGCAUGACCAAUGCAUUGGUAAGAAAGAAUUUUUCAUUGGUCAAAAGAUGUUACUAUUUAACUUGCGUUUGCAACUAUUUCUAGGAAAGCUUAAAUAUAGGUGCUCAAGGCCAUUUGUUAUCAAAGCAAUCUUUCCUUACAGAGCCGUGGAGCUCACUCGAGAGGAUGAUACUAACACCUUCAAAGUAAAUGGGCAGAGGAUCAAGACAUAUAUUAAAGGAAAUGUAGAAUGCGACAAGACAUCCAUCGAGUUGUGCGAGCCUGCCUAA